UCUGCGCUUCCAUAGGACCGUAUAGGACGUCCCCGCUGUCUUUUGAGUUCAUAACAUCGCAGAUAAAGGGACAGGGACGACCCUCUUGUGGGUGGCGCCUAUACUCAACGUGACAGUGUGUUUGUUUCCACGGAGCUGUCAGGAACACACACACACACUCACUCACUCACUCCUCUGACUGGAUGAAUUGUGCAGAGUUUGGGGACGAAACGCUCGAGACGUGAAACUCUACUUUUGAAUAUUCUACUUUUGAGACAUUGAAGCUGAUGGGAUAUGGCGAUGGCCUCUCCAUCAACAUCACAAGCGGGACCAGCUACGGAGGAAUCCGACCCAGAGCUCUCACGCCUGGGGUGCAUUGAGGCCUUGAAAUUGAAGGUGGGGCCAGUGCGGAGGAACCUCUUCGGGCCUGUGGACCACCAGCAGCUGCAGCAGGACUUCCAGCGGCUGCUCUGUAUGAACGUGGAGGCGGCCAAAAAGCGCUGGAACUUUGAUUUUCAGAGAGAAAUCCCAGAAGGGGGGUCCAACAUGGAGUGGGAGGAGCUCAGUUAUGAGGACGUGCCGGCGUUUUACCGCAGCUGUACGGUUAGGUCAGUGCAAUGUCCAAUGGCCAAAAGGCGGACAUCGUCUUCGUUGGGACAGUGUUCCCCAGGGUCCAGCAGCACGUCCGAGUCUGGGGAUGAGUACCUAGAGGUGACCACAAGGGGGUGCUACCGGAUCCGACGGCAAGGAAAACGCAGACAGUCUGCCAUCACAGAUUUCUUCAAGGUAAAGAAGAUGAAGCUUCUGCAUUACAAAGCAUCUUCCCUGCAGUAGCAAAGCACAACUAGACCCAGUGGAGGAUCACUGAGUGGCCGACAUCCCUCUACACGUAACCUCACAUAGAUAUGUGUCAAAUUAUAUGUAUAUACAGUAUGUAGCAAUUUGUAACUGACGGUCCACAAGCUCAUCCAGCAUGCCUCUGACACCACAUACCUUAGACUUUCAGCACAAGGAAGCUAGCAUUAUCCCCGUUAAUCAAGCUCAGACCUUAGGAACGGUUGUUGUUUAUAACUAUA